UCCCUUUUCCCGGAGAAGAGUUUAGGUGACGGAGCAGAAGGGCUGGGUCAGUGGAGAGGAACACCGGUUUGGAAGGGGGACCGCUAGCUACCUGCGAGUCGAUAAUGCACAGAGGGAAAUAGAAUCCGUUCGGCAAUGCUAACCUGAGACGCAUCCUGCUACACCGCCUUUUUGAAAAUGUCAGAUGUGACCAAGACCAUCCAGAAAUGGCACGCUAGUUUCAGAAAAGGCACGGACUUUGAUUCGUGGGGGCAGUUAGUGGAGGCAAUUGAUGAGUACCAAAUACUUGCACGGCAGCUACAGAAGGGAGCUCAGUUGCCCAACUCCUCAGAAUUCUCAGAAGAUCAGAAGAAGACUUUGGGAAAGUUGGCAACAUGUCUGGAAAUGAGAAGUGCUGCCCUGCAGUGCACACAAUCCCAGGAGGAUUUCAAGCUGGAAGACCUAAAGAAACUGGAGCCCAUCAUUCAGAACGUCCUGACGUAUAACAAAGGGUUCCCCUUCGAUGUUCAGCCCGUGCCUUUAAGGAAGAUACUCGCCCCCGGGGAGGAGGAGAACCUGGAGGUGGAGGCAGAGGAGGACGCGGUGGUGGGAGCGGGGUCCCCCGAAUCUUUCUCCUCCAGAGUACCAGCUCUGCAAGGGACACUGUUGCCAAGGUUACCCUCGGAGCCGGGGAUGACUCUGAUCACAAUAAAGAUGGAGAAGAUCGGCCUGAAGGACGCCGGGCAGUGCAUCGACCCCUACAUCACAGUCAGCGUGAAGGAUCUGAACGGCGUGGAUCUGAACCCUGUCCAGGACACGCCCGUGGCCACCAGGAAGGAGGACACCUACAUUCACUUCGGCAUGGACGUGGAGAUCCAGAAGCACCUGGAGAAGCUCUCUAAAGGGGCGGCCAUUUUCUUUGAGUUCAAGCACUACAAGCCCAAGAAGAGGUUCACCAGCACCAAGUGUUUUGCUUUCAUGGAGAUGGACGAGAUCAAACCGGGGCCCAUCGUCAUUGAGUUGUACAAGAAGCCGACCGACUUUAAGAGGAAGAAGCUGCAGCUCUUGACCAAGAAGCCGCUUUAUCUCCACCUGCACCAGACUCUGCACAAAGACUAAACACCCUCACCUGAACACCCUCACCCCCACCCCGGCCAAAUGGGACAGAGCACAUCAUAUAAACCUGGAGGGGUGGGGGGCAGAAGAGCAGCUGAGACCUGGCCUGAAUAAAAAGGUACAGAAAGAUAACCCCCCCACACCCCCCAGGUGCCAGUUCCCUGUGUGACGUCUCUAAGACUGACACAGGCAAGAGGUGCGGGGCCUACCUGCACAGAGACAUUCCACCCGCCAGCCCCCCCCCCCCCCCCCCCCCCCCCCCCACCCCCACCUUCAUUUCCCAGAAACUGUGGAUUUGUUUUAUCUAAAAAUCUUUCCUUCACUGAGAACCCAUAGAGGAAGGUUUCAUCCAGUCACAGUUGAGAGACAGAGAAGAAGAGAGUGAGAGAUUGGUGAGAAAAGGAGUCAGAGAUUGAUAAGACUUCCUGGCUGGAACUGAGGACGAAGAAUUGGAGGAUGGGUUUUUUUUUUUUUUGGUCUGGGCUCCAACACUCAAACAUUAGCGUAGACUUGAUUUGAUUCUGUCUAGACGUCCCGUGGUUAGUUGGGGUCGCAGGUUUUUGGGUGUCGGAUGUUUGUGGGCCCGUCAGCCCUGUCCCGUCUGGGCUGUAGCACAGAAACCCCGCCUUCAUUCUGAUGAGCGAUGAUGUCAUGUUGUGGAAAAGGGCUUUUUUAACAGGAUGCUGCAUGUACCGUGUGGAUAAUGAUUUUUAUUUUUAACGCCGUUGCCUUUGAAACAUCGGCAGUUUCCUCCGAGCCUCUUCCCAUGACUUUUCUUAAUAUCUGCUUUUAUUUUUUUAAUGUGAGAGAGCGCAGAUGUUAGCUGGACAUACUAAAGAACACACUAAACGGUGCGUGUGUGCGUGUGUGUGCGUGCCUGCGUGUGGUUUGCGUGGGUGAGGUUUCAGUUUUCAUUAAACAACGUGUUGUGUUUUGUCCUUGAACUGCAGAUUUACACGGCUCUCAUUUCUAAUAAACAAAGUGCUGCUUGAA